AUGCCUACUUCGAGUACUGGAGAUAUGACUGCGACGGCAGUGGGUGCAUUAACCACAACGUUCACUCCAGCUCCUUCUUGUCUCCGGGACCUUUAUCUAGAGGUCACUUCUAUCCCGUCCGAGGAUAUCCCGGGUGGUUAUUCGUGGGUUCAUCUCGGGGCGACAACGAGCACAGCAGCGUGUGUUCCAUCAGGAUGGGCGCCGCUAGUACACUAUUCACCAGGGAUUUGUCCCGCCAGCUACACGCUUGGAUGCGAUGCUAGCACUCAUACUUUCAGCGGAACUCGUACGGAAUAUAGAGCGACGUGUUGUCCUAGUGGAUACGCAUGUCGUGCGGCGAGUGAUACUUCCCUCUACCCAUGGGCCACGAUCGAUCCAUGCACUGUCAGACAACCCACCUCGACCGUGGCAAUCGUCACGUACAACACGAACACGACGCCUGCAGCAACACUAGCGCUGAGCGUUAACGAUUACUAUGAGGCACUAGGAGUCUCGAUUCGAUGGCAACCGAGUGAUCCCCUUCCAGUGCAAACUGGUCCUUCAGCUGCCACCGCAACAACAGGCCCUCCAAGUGCCACCGAAACUACAGCCCCUUCGACUUCUACCGCAACAACAAGCCUGUCAAUUUCCACCACAACUGGCCUUACAACUUCCACAAAACCUCCCACAACUACAGUAGACUCCCCGGGUUCCACUGAAACACAACAAUCCGUUCCAGCAUCCAAUUCGUCACCCGCUUCCCAGGGUCUUUCGACGGGGGCAAAAGCAGGAGUCGGAAUCGGCGUGGCCAUCGCCGGCGUUCUGAUUAUAUUCGUCGCUGUCUUUUUCUUGUACAUACGCCCUCGUCGUAACAAAGACAAGUCGCAGAGUCCCUGGAACGGAGAAAAGAAAUCCGAGUUAGCCGCAUCGGCAGCACCGGCGUCGGUUCACGCGUCGCAUGAACUAGGCUCAUCAGCCCUAACUGAACUAGGUUCCUCGGCCCUAAAUGAGCUUGAAGGCAGGCCAGGAGCGGCACGGCAUAUUGUCUAUGAAAUGGAUGGUCUGGGUAACGUAGGGAAAAAGUGAGAACUCAUUUAGUAAUAUGCAACGGAAGAUAUACCCCCCCUGGUACAGUGGCCUCGGAUUUUUAUUUUUGCAUUGUG